AAACAGUUCAUCUUAUUCUAGAGGCCAUCUGGCACCAGAAGACUUACAAGAAGAAUUAUUAAGGUUGGUUAUCCACUAAGUGCUUUGGUUACUCUGAAGAGCAUGGUGGACAACGGUUAUGACACUGGAAUUCAGAAACACCCUGGAAGGAGAUCGUAUAUCAUGUAUCAUGGCACUACAAUGGCAAAGGCACUACAGAUCCAACGUCAAGGAUUCAUGCGCUCUGCUGAUGGCAUGCUCGGUCCAGGAGUCUACGUGAGUCGGAGCAAAGAGAAAGCUUCGCGAUACCCUAUACAAGAAACCACCAAAAGACAGCUCACUGGAGAACACUGCUCUUUGGCCAUUCUUAAACUCCGUGUUCGAGUGGGAAAAGUGAAGAGGAUUGAUUGUCAGGGUCAUCCCUUACAGAAAACCUGGCAUCAGCAUGGUUAUGACACCGCUUGGGUCCCUGCGAAUUGUGGAAUGGUGGACAGUGGAUUAGAGGAGGAUUGUGUUUAUGAUCCGAGUCGAAUCAAGGUUUUGGAGAUAAUCCCAAAAUCUCCAUUUCAAGAGACUACACCUGGUACUUCAAGCAGAGCUUCAAUCACUGUGAAUGCCAUGGGAAAUAAAGGCAGCAAAAACGAAGAUAAUAAUCAAUCCGGACAGAAAACAUAUAUUAUGUAUCAUGGCACUACGAUGGCCAAUGCAGUCCUGAUCCAGUUUCGGGGAUUCCAACCCUCUUCUAAUGGCAUGCUUGGUCCAGGAGUCUACGUGAGUCGGAGUAGACAGAAAGCGGCCCGUUACCCUUUAUGUAACAGAGGACAACCGUUGGCCAUUCUUAAACUCAGUGUUCGAGUGGGAAAGGUCAAGAAGAUUGAUCGGCAGGGUCAUCCUUUACAGAAAUCCUGGCAUCAGCAUGGUUAUGACACCGCUUGGGUCCCUCCGAACUGCGGAAUGGUACCCAGUGGAUUAGAGGAGGACUGUGUUUAUGAUCCGAGUCGAAUCAAAGUUCUGGAGAUUAUCCCAAACUGAAAAAAACUAUUUAGAAGAUUUGCCAAUCAUUCAUUUAUUUUCCUUCAGCUGAGUCCCUUAUUUAUCAGGGGUCGCCACAAUGGAAUGAACCGCUAACUAUUCCAGCAUAUGUUGCAACGCACUACUGGUAUUCACAAACACUACGGCCAAUUUAGUUGAUCCAAUUCACCUAUAGUGCAUGUCCUUGGACUGUGGGGGAAACUGGAGCACCCGGAGGAAACCCAUGCAAACACGGGGAGAACAUGCAAACUCCACACAUAAAUGCCAACUGGCCCAGCCAGGACUCAAACCAGCGACCUUCUUACUAAGUUGUUUUAAUUUUUCAUUCAAGUUUUACGGUUUAUGCUUUGUAUGACUUUGUCAAUAGUAAAAUGACUGAAGGAAAGUAUGAAUGAAUUCAUUUAUGAAAAAAUCUAAAUCAACCAAACGCAUAUUUAUUGAUUUGUUGCUCUUAUGGAAUUUAGGCCUACAUAACUUAAAAUGGUAGCAGUUUUUGACCCCAGUGAGCUACAAACUCAAUUUAGGUAUGAUUAGAAAGAAGACACUCUGGGCUUUACUAUACGUCAUCCAGAGUGCAUAAUGGUCAAAUAUUCAGCAUAACAGUUGUAAACGUUGAAUCCACUAUAUUUACAUCUAAAACA